GCUUGUCGAUCUGUCGAGUGAACGAUUGUCGUAUAUGUAAAAUAUUUGUUUAUUUGUUUUUCAUAAAAAAAUAACACGAUCAAACGAUAAAAAAAAAUCAUCGAGAUACAACGUGAACUAACAUAAAAUAAGGAAAGUUCAUAUCAAGCCAUAGUUCAUAAAAUGUUUUGAUAAGAAAAUUUGUACAUUACUUUAUGUGUCAAGGCUUGAUUAUUUUAUGCCUAUUAUACUUUAGAAGACUAUAAAAUAAUUAAAACUAUAAUUAAUUUGCUAAUUUUAUCUUAUAUAAGAAGUAAAUGCAUUUGACGAAAAUAUGUUUGGAUCUUUGCGUAACAAAUUCCAGACAGUACAAGAAGGUUUAUCUGCUAGUAUACGAGGUUUAACAGUAGUAGAAAAUCCUAAACAGAAAAAAACUGUUAGAUCAAGAAAUGUUAAUUAUGACGCAGGUGCAGAUGUUUUACAUCAUUUUCAGUUACAAUGGAACGAAUUACAUGAAUUGGCGGAAAUAAAUGCAGCUAAAGCUCAAGAAGUUGAUACUCUUAUAACUAACAUUUAUGGCAAAUUGGAAUACGAAUGGAAUAAUAUAACAUGUUUAAACAACACUUUAGCUAUAAUUCCACAAAUAAAUAAUGGAAUACAAAAUCUCAUGGAUCAAAUAGGAACACUGGAAGAAAUGUUUGAAGAAGUUGAAGGAGCUUUGUAUAAAUUAGAAGAUCUUAAUGAAAUGAUAGAUUUACAAAGCAGACAACUGGAUCACAGAUUUCAGUUGGCUUUAUAUAAAGAGAAAAGAUUAUCAGAAAUCAAUUCUGUAAAAGCAAAAUUAGCAAAUGAACAUAUUGACAGAGUAUCAAAGCAUGAACAGAAGCAACAAGUAAUGUUAAAGGAACGACAAGAAACUUUUGAUGAAGUUUUUAAAGGAGAAUUAGAAGCUUAUAAAGCAACAGGAUAUAUACCUAAAAUACCAACAACUAAAGAAGGUCCAUCUUUGGAUGAAAUAGUAUUGGAUGUAGAUUCCCAAAUGUUUGAUGAAUUCUUAGAGAAUUGAAAAUUUAUUAAGAUCUUAUCAUUUUAGAUACUUUUUCUUUUCCAUUCUAUUCUCUUUUUCCAUUUAAUUAAAUGCAUUAUAUUAUU